GUCCAAUUCAGUCUCUCAAGGUUGUUUCUGUGGCGCCCAGUUCGUCAUGUUGGAUAUAGUACGACUAAAAAGUGAUGCAGAACAGUAUGGGCAAGGCCACUUAUUUACUUUCUGGGAUGAGCUUAAUGCUAAGCAGAAAUCUGAACUUUUGGAAAAUGUUUCCAGGCUAAAUUUCGCUAACAUCGACCGCAUGUUAAAAAAUGCUAGUAAUCCCUGUUCGACGAGCGCUGAUGUAUUUUCACCACCUGAUCCAAAAUCAUGCGGAUCCCUUCCAGAAUUGCGCACCUCACAACCGUCUUUGUUAAAACAAUAUGCUGAUUCUGGUAAGUUGCUGCGUUAUUGGAUUCACUGAGUAUUUUUGUCAAGCUUUGCGGGCGGUCAGUGAAAAUAAAGUAGCAGUUUUAUUAUUGGCUGGUGGUCAAGGAACUAGGCUAGGUGUUUCUUAUCCUAAAGGAUUAUAUAAACCUAAUCUUCCCUCUGGUCGUUCAUUAUAUCAAAUUCAAGCUGAACGUCUUUGUCGUGUUUCUCAUUUGUGUAAAGAAAAAUUGGGGAUAACUCCUUCAAUAACUUGGUAUAUUAUGACUUCCGAACAUACCAAAGAAAUGACUAUACAAUUCUUUGAAUCGUUUGAUUAUUUUGGAUGUAAUCGUGAUGACAUUGUCUUCUUUGAACAGUUCACUUUGCCAGCCUUUUCAGUAGAUGGGAAAAUUUUACUGGAAACUAAAUCCAGGCUGGCUUUUUCUCCAGAUGGAAAUGGCGGUUUGUACAGAGCUCUUAAUGAUCGUGGCAUUCUGAAUGAUAUGAAAUCAAGGGGAAUAGAAUAUGUACAAAUUUACUGUGUUGAUAAUAUUCUGGUGAAAGUUCCAGAUCUACACUUUAUAGGUUUUUGUAUUGAAAAUAGUGCAGAUUGUGGAGCUGAAGUUGUUCAAAAAGUGGAUCCAGAGGAAGCGAUUGGAGUUGUUGGUGUUGUGAAUGGUCGGUAUCAAGUUUUGGAAUAUAGUGAAAUAACUCCUGAAAUGGCAUCAUUACGCGUAGAUCAAUGUAAACAGCAAAAUGACCUAUGCCAUUCAAGCACAACAAAUAAUGGCAAAAACGUAUCACAUGCAAGUGGUGAUAGUCGUUUAGUCUAUAGUCAUGGUAAUAUUUGUGUACAUUUCAUGACAAGAGCAUUUUUGGAACGUGUUUGUCAGGACGAUAUUCAAAUGAAGAUGAAAUAUCAUCGUGCUCAAAAGAAAGUCAAUUGUAUAGAUUUACAAACUGGCGAACCAAUAGUGCCUCAAAAACCAAAUGCAUUGAAGUUUGAAAAAUUCGCUUUCGAUAUUUUCACAUUUGCUAAACGAUUUUUCAUUUGGGAAGUUCCACGAAAUGAACAAUUUUCUCCGAUUAAAAAUGGCCCAGGCGCACUAAAGGAUUGUCCAAAAACAGCUCGCAAUGAUCUAUUAAAUUAUCAUACUCAACUGGCAAAAAGUGCUGGUGCUAUACUGAUAAAUGACAGUUACGCUGUAUCCAAUGGAAAUGGACAUCAGGAUGGUGUUUAUGAUAAAGCCUUGAUUGAAAUUUCACCUUUGAUUACUUAUGAUGGUGAAAAUUUAUCCUGCCUAAAAUCUGUUGAAAUUCGUGGCCUUAAUCGAUUGGAAAUAGACGAAGAGACAGGAAAGCCAAUUCUACUUUCUUCUACAGUUUGAAUAAUAAAAGUCAUUAAGUCCUACACACACACACACACACACAGUCGAAUUGUAUUCAUCAGAAAGAUUUAAUCAAUGUGAAAGAUUCUUAGAAAUCAAAGUCUUUCUUGAUGGCUUCUAUGUGUUCUUUGUUGUUGUUGUUGUUUUUUUUACACUUCACAGGUAAUAUGGACAGUCAGUUUCUGAUUAACUGACUGCCAUUUUGUAUCAGCCUGGAUAAGACUUCUACACUACUGCUUCUUCUAUUGAAAUAAUCAUUCCAUUUUGCUCUAUAUUUUUUUAUUCGAAUGACUCUUUAGAAGUCGUCUUCUUCAAUAAUCAAUCAACCAGUGGUCAAGUUACCCUUCUUCUAUCUGUAUGGAUAAGUUGACUUUGAAUGUUCACUUUCUUCUUUGCAUUACCCUUGGUCUUAUCGUUUUUCCAUAUCUCUGUUGAAAUUACAUAUAUAUAUAUAUGAAACCAGUGAUCAUUAGGCUUGAUUCCACUUUAUUGUUUUUUUUAUAUACUACGAAUGAAUCUUAAUUAUACUUUAGACAUUAAAUGUUUUUUCAAACUAAUUUCCUCCUUCCUUUUUUACAAUGAUUUAUUUGUUCAGUGGUAUCAUUAUAAGUUUUUUACGGUAAUUUAAUUAUCACUCUUUCGGCUAUAAUUACUAUUAUUAUUAUUAUUGUUAUUGUUUCUAUGAUUGUUAUAUCAAAUGAUACUUUUUUUAAUAUUUUAUUUUUGUAAAAUGAAAAUAUUAUUAUUAUGAUGAUAAUGA